AUGUUGGGCAAAGUCGCGCUGGAAGAGGCCUUUGCCUUGCCUCGCAUGCACGAGAAGACGCGCUGGUGGGCGUCGCUCUUCGCCGUCGAUCCGGACAGGCACGCCGCCGAGAUCGCCGACCUCGUCGACAAGCGCAUCAAGUACAUGGACGAGCACGGCGUCGGCUACACCGUCCUGUCGUACACGGCGCCCGGCGUCCAGGACGUCUGGGACCCCAAGGAGGCCCAGAGCCUGGCCGUCGAGGUCAACGACUACGUUGCCGGCGAGAUCAAGGCCCAUCCGGAUCGCCUCGGCGCCUUUGCCACCCUCUCCAUGCAUGACCCGGAGCAGGCCGCCGCCGAGCUGAGGCGGUGCGUCACCCAGUACGGCUUCAAGGGCGCGCUGGUCAACGACACGCAGCGCGCGGGGCCCGACGGCGACGACAUGAUCUUCUACGACGGGCCCGAGUGGGACGUCUUCUGGGCGACCGUCACGGACCUCGACGUGCCCUUCUACCUGCACCCGCGCAACCCGACCGGCACCAUCCACGACCGCCUGUGGGCCAAGCGCAGCUGGCUCAUCGGCCCGCCCCUGAGCUUCGCCCACGGCGUCAGCCUGCACGUCCUCGGCAUGGUCACCAACGGCGUCUUCGACCGCCACCCGCGCCUGCAGGUCAUCCUCGGCCACCUCGGCGAGCACAUCCCCUUCGACAUGUGGCGCAUCAACCACUGGUUCGAGGACGUCAAGAAGCCCCUCGGCCUGUCGUGCAAGCGCACCAUCCGCGAGUACUUUCGCGACAACAUCUGGAUCACCACGAGCGGCCACUUUUCCACCACGACGCUGCAGUUCUGCAUGGCCGAGGUCGGCGCCGACCGCAUCCUCUUCUCCAUCGACUACCCCUUUGAGAACUUUGCCGAUGCCUGCGUGUGGUACAAUGGCGUGCACCUGAAUCUCGACGACAAGCUCAAGAUCGGCCGGGAGAAUGCCAAGAAGCUGCUCAAGUUGCCGACCUUCAAGGACAGCGAGGCCCGGAUAGCGUAA